GUUUUCGAGUAGAUAUUUGUCCUUGUAUCGUCUCUCCUCUUUUCAUCCAAAAAGACGAUGGAUUUGAGCAAAGGCUUGCCGGUGGGAGUUCAUGAAAUCUCUCGUCGCCCUGCAAAUUAUCAUCCAAGCAUUUGGGGAGACUAUUUCCUUGAUUGUGUUUCUGAUUCCAUGAUUAUUAAUCCUCUGGAACAGAAACAAGUUCAAGACUUGAGAGAAGAAGUGAGGAAGAUGUUAAUGGAAGUCCAUGACACGUCUUCAGAAAAGCUCGAGUUGAUUGAUAAAAUCCAACGCUUAGGAGUAUCGUAUCAUUUUGAAGAGGAAAUUGAGGCAUCGCUACAAAGGAUGUACGAAGCCUACCGUGAAUGCAACAACAUAUAUGGGGAUGACCUUUAUCUUGUUGCUCUUGGUUUUCGUUUACUAAGACAACAAGGCCAUUUUGUAUCUUGUGGUAAGUGACUAAUAGCAUGUUCAAGUUAAUUACAAAAAUCAGCUUAGUGUUUUUUCUUAAAUGUAUUUUUUUCAAAAAUAAUUUUUUGGUGAGAAGUAGUUUGUGUUUGGCUAAUUAAUUCGAAAAGUGCUUCUGAGCAUCAAUUAGUAUUUGACCAAGUUUUAAAAACUGCUUCUAAGUGUAUUUUUCUCAAACGUGUUUUCCAAAAAAAUACUAUUGGAGAGA